CUUGCGACAAACGACAGUCGCGUUGUAUUAUAUUCGGAAGGAACAAGGAAGUCGGAGUGGUGCCACAAAUUUUAAACUUAGUCUUAAAAGCAUAAGAGCAAAGUUGUAGUUGCUAACAGUCAUGGAUUUCUCUGACUCUGGAGACAGAGAGAGAGUGAUGGUGGUGAACGCCGACAUGGAGUCCGCCGACAGCGAUCGCAGGCCCCUGCUGGCGCCCGCCGGCGCCGCCCCGCCCGUCGUCAAGACCUACAAGCGACGCUGGUACAUCCUGGCCGUCUACUCGGCGCUCGGAUUCAUGCAGUGCGCCAUCUGGAACACAUGGGGACCGAUCACGGAAGCAGCACUGGUGGCGUUCCCCGGCUGGGGAGAGCUCACCAUCUCCAGUCUCACCAACGUGGCUCUUAUCGCCUUCAUUGUCUUCAUGGCGCCCUAUUGCUGGCUACUCGACAAAAAAGGAGUCCGUCCGGCCGUGGUUCUGAUGGCCGCGUGUCUGGCAGUGGGCACCGCCCUGCGCUGUAUCACUCUACAGCAGCCCUUCUUCAACAUUUUCGCGUUCGUGGCCUCCGUGCUGACGGGCGUGGCCGGCAUUAUGGCGAUGGCGGCACCGCCGUAUAUCUCGGCCAUGUGGUUCGCGCCUCACCAGCGCACCACAGCCACCGGAGUACCGAACGUGCUGAACCAGCUGGGGAUGAGCGGCAGCUUCUUGCUGGGCCCGCUGGUCGUGGCGCAGCCGAGCAAGAACCCGCCGCCCGGCCCGCCCAGCAACACGACGGGAAACGUCACAGGCGUGGCGACCGCGCUGGCGGCCAACCUGGCCGGCGCGGCCGAGUCACUGCUGGACGAGUCGGCCCGCUGGAUCGGCGUGGUGUCGUCCAACGUCACAAACGGCACGCACCCGACGCCGGCCGAGCUGCGCUCCGACAUCAUGGACCUCAUGUACAUCGACGCCGGUAUCUGCCUGGUGUUGUUCGUCAUGACUUUGGCGUACUUUCCGUCCCGCCCGCCGCUGCCGCCGUCCAUUUCUGCUUCCACCAACACCGUCACCUUCCGAGAGGGACUCGGCAUGGCCUUCAGACACCCGGACCUCAUCUGUAUCGUGCUGGCGUACAGCCUGUCCCAGGGCGUGAUGGGCGCCUGGUUCGGCAUUCUGGACAUCAACGUGCGCCCUCUGGGUGUCACUGAGAACGAGGCGAGCAUGAUGGGUAUGUGGGCGGGCAUCUGCUGCUGCGCGUUCGCGCUGGUGGUGGCGCGCCUCACGGACAUGUUCCGCGGGCACAUCAAGGCCACCAUCAUCGGCCUACUGGUGGUCGGCCUGGCCCACUGGUGCUGGUUACUGGCGAUCGUGGCCGGCUGGGCACCCUUCUCCAACGUGCACCUGUUUUGCGCGGUGCUGGUGGCCAUCUGCUGCACGUACGCCGCCUCCCCGCUCCUCUUCGAAUACGCCUCUGAGGUCAGCUACCCCAUCCCCGAGGACGUCGUCGGAGCCACCAUGAGCUUCACAUUCAACCUGGUCGGCAUGCUCUACCUGCUGUUCUUCCUCAACAAACGACUUGCCGAGCAGACGGUGUGGCUCAACUACUGCCUGGUGGUGGCCACGGCCAUACCCAUCGUGCUGAUGCUGCGCACCAAGUCAGUCUACCGGCGCUCGGCAGUUGACGACGCCUCAGUCACGGCGGCCAUCACCGAGUCGGUGUCUGGCUACCAGCCGCUCUGAUGAAGGCGACGACUGGCCUAGUGUUAGGUGAGAGAGGGGGCCUCUCAGGACGAUGCGAGAGGGGGGACGCCGCCUGUCUCCAGACACGGUCGGCCCUGACUGUGUCAUAGUUAGGACACCUCGAGGAGACAGCGCCAUCCGGUGGGUUGAGUAGCAGCGACACCUCUCUGCGGUGUGCCUCUGUGACGGAAUGGUGUCGUCGCGACUGCUCUGAGACCGGCGAGGCGGCGGAAUGGUGUGUUGGCGAGGCGUCGGGACGGUGUGUUGGCGAGGUGGCUCUGCAGUCGGCGUCGGCUGCGGACCGGGAAGCGUUCAGGCUGGCUGGGCUGGUAUCAGUGCCCGCACGUGAGCUGGUAUGAUGCUGCUUUGAUGAAAAGCAGCCACCCACUAAAGGAGAGCUCGGUUGAUGAGGGGAGCUCGGUUGAUCUGAGAAAAGCGUCACGGAAAGCUAGACUCAGAGACAGGACAUCUUGCCACCUGUUCGAAGUGCUCAAUCGGAUCACUGCAGGAAGCCAUUGGUGCGCCGACGCUGACUAGAUUUGACGCACCCUGAUAUCAGCAAGUCAAUUUUACUCGACCAUGAGCUAUCAUGCCGUGCCUUCAGCGUCUUCUAAAAGUGUUUGAUCUUUUUUGUCCCAAUCGCUGCCCAUGACAUAUAUGCUGCCUCAUUGAAUAGCCUGAGUGAGUGAGGACCUUUGGAGUACCAUGCAUUACCUCAAAGAUACUGUCGAUUCAGCAGGUGAUGCGCCCCUGGGUACCCUGCUUGACACCAAGUACGGAGAACUACAGUGCGUGCAGUGUAUGUGUGUGAGAAAAAGAGGAAAAUGGGAGAAUCUGAGCUCCUUGCUCACUGAGAGCGUAUGACCAUGCAGGAGGAAGCCUACAUGAGUGACAAUCGUGGCCUAUUCAGGGCAGAGAGGCUCGGUACUCGUGGUUUGCCGUGUGUAAAUGUACAUUACGACAUUACGACAUACGACAUGUGUAAUGUACUCGUGAGUGGCUCUUUGUGUGUUGUGCCCUGGUCUGCGGCCUGCGUGCUCGGGCGUCUUUCAAACGCUAUCUAGUCCGUGCGCGGUACCUGAUGUGGUCGGCACGGUGUGGACCGAGCUCCCCGAGCCGGGCUGUAGAUAGCAGCCGUGUGAACGUGACUUUAGGGCAGGGAUAGUGUGGUUUGUAGUGACAAUAUUCCAGUGUGUUUUUGUCCGAUGCUGUUAUUUGACAUCGAUGGGGUGUGGUAAUACUACCCAGUUUAUUUUUAGGACAAGGUUUAGUAGUUCUACAAAUAGUUUGCCAGUUGGAAGAUGGUAGCUCUGCGGAAAAUGCAGAUGUUUGUUGCCAUUUUGUGAGUGAGUGUGAAUCAUGUCGCAAAGCUCGUAUUUUAGAAGAAAGGUAGAAAGCAACGAGCCCAAAAUUUAUGUCGUACAACCUGAUUAUAUAGUGUGACGCUCGCCGGCAACUGCGAGAGACCCAGCUGGCGAGUUUUGAAGCAGUAGUGCUACAACUGUGACCGCUGUUGCCACUGUGUUACUAUGGUACACUGUGUUAUGAAAUGCGCGCACCUAUUUUACUCUGGUGCGCCACGGACAAUGCGAUUGGCUCGACCCGUAUUUUAGCGUGUGUUCAUCUAUUUCAGAGCGUGUGUGACGUGCGGAUGCUGAAAUGAUAUUUAAACCCCAUUUUAUUCAGUGCGCGAUUGGCUGGCGAAUCAAGUCCAGGUGUCAACCACCUGUCUAUUACCUGGUGGUAGUAUAUCGGGUCCAAAUUCUUUUAAGAUCUUAUGAUAGACAUUUAUAAUAAAAAAACCGCCAAACAGACCUUCAGUGUCUGUUCAGACAAAUGCUAAGUAAAUAUGCAUUUGGUAUGACAGUAUGGCGCCUUCAAAUGUGAUUGCAAUCAGCGGUUAAGCUCGUGUAUCGGCGGGUGAGAUCUGAACAUCAAUUCAAAAGCGGACAAUCUUGUCGACCAUCUCUGAUUCACCCGAUGUGCUGCCACCAUGGUGGGAGGUUUGUUCACACUGGCCGUGUUGACCCACCGUUUUCGUGUCCGCGCCCGCGGUGUCGGCUCCUGCCGUCCAGCCUCUGAUCAGCAGAGAGCGGCCGCUGUGUCGGCACCGGACGGCUGUCGGGAUCGCCGGGCUGCUGUGACUCACAACUGACCGUCAAUACAUAAUACACAGAUAUAGCGC